AUGGCCCAAGACGAGAUGAUGGAUUCGUCUGAAUUCACUCCCAUCCAGCCGGCUAAGAUGUCCCAAGCAGAGAUCAGCCAACGUUUCUAUCGAAACUUCCAACAGCAAAGCACAGAACUCCAUGAGGAGAUCGAACAGAUCGACAGCUAUAGCUUCAUUGCCGGAGAGCAGCAAGAUGCCAUCGAUCAUGCUAAUUUUGGCCUCACUCAGCUUUCCAACAAGGUCACAGAUGCAAUCCCAUUUGUACCGGCCUAUGAUCAGCGAAUUUACCAACAGGUCAUCAGAGCUUUAGAGGAUAAAUUGCAGGAGGCUCGCACCAAGGCUGCACCGAAGAAGAGAUUCCAGUUUAAGACCACGCAAAAGAACAGCUCAGCGAAUCCACUCAGUGAGGCAGCCGAGUUGGCGAAAGAGCAAGGUCUCAAAGCUCCCGUAUCGGGGCAAAGUUUUCUGUCAUCCAACGAAUCCUCCAUGGCUACUACACCAGGACUUUUCAAUACAUUACCUGGUGAAACUAGUUCAAAGGAUACACUCGGCGACCUCCCAUCCUUUCCAAAGAACUACAACGAAGAGAUGGAUCGACCAGGAGCCCGAGUCAGAAAACCAAGUUUCUCUCAGGCUCCAAGUGUGAACAUCACCGGCCACAACGGUCUCCACAUAAUUCUCCCUUCAUCUGCAUCCCGUGCUACCUCCUCGGGCUCUAUCACUAAGCUAAAUAGAUGCAUCGUCGAUAUGUCUGUACCGACGACAAAUGGCGCGCCCUUUGCUGGUCUGGCACUACAGGAUAUCCAACAGUCUUUGAUCAUUGCUGGCCAUGUAGCAGGUGCUGUUCAUAUAACUGGAGUCAAGAACAGCAUCAUUGUUGUGGCUGCGAGACAGGUCCGUAUGCAUGAGUGCCGCGACGUGGACAUCUACCUUCAUUGUGCCAGCCGACCCAUCAUUGAGUAUUGCAGCAACGUUCGGUUCUCCCCAAUUCCCGAAUGCUAUAACACAACUCGCGAGAACAUCGUCCCUAACCAAUGGGACCAAGUUGACGACUUCAAUUGGCUCAAGGCAGGGCAUAGUCCAAAUUGGACUCUUGUGCCAGAUGAUGAGAUCCUCGAGGAAUCUGUCUGGACAAAGGUUGUUCCUGGGGGUCCAAAUUUUGGACUUGCAGAUAUUCUGAAGAAAGUCAGACUUCCACCACACUAG